AUGUCAGACGAAAGUAUUCUUCUACCGACAAGCCCCAUUAUGGCGACGUUUGGCUUUGAGCUUGAAUUCGUUGUGAAAUCGGUGCCCGAUCAAUUUCUUGAUCCAGAGCCUAUUGAUCCUCGUCGCGUACACGGUAUCACAAGGCCCGAGAACUACCCUAAAGGUCUGUUUCUUCCGUACUUGGGAUCUCUCGAUGUAAUCGAGGAGAAUGAGGUACUAUUUGAAGAAACACUAGACAAAUUCAACGCACAGUUAGUUGCUUUACAGACAGACAUAGCAAAACUUCUUACUGAAAAUGGAUUUCCAGCCGUGGCCCAACGUGACGAGGAAGAACCCGAAAACUCUAGCAUUGAAGAUUUGAAGUACUGGGUAAUCUCUAAAGAUGCUACCAUUAACCAUGGUUUGGAUCCUAAUCCUAAUUUACCUGGGUAUUUCUGGUGGCCAAUUGAAAUCCAAAGUCCAGCAUACGUCUACAACGAAGAAAACAAGCAAAAGGUAAGAGAUGUGCUUCAAUGCAUUGAUUCAAUUUAUAGGACUAAUUGCGAUUUGAGUGCAGACAUUCAUGUUCAUAUCGGUAACGGGCAGAAAGGAUUUAAUGCUCGCACAGUUAGAAAAUUUAUGGCUUUCGUUUACACUUUUGAAAAUCAAAUCGCAGUUAUUCACCCCCCUCAUUACAUGACACAGAGGGCGUUCUCAAAACCGGUAAGAACACAUAGCCUUCUUGCGCAAGUAGCACGAGAUUAUCGAGCUAAGAUACUAGAAACGGGAAGAGAAGAAAAUGUGCGGGCAUUCGACGAGGAUUUCAUCAUAGACAGUAUCCUGGAAUUAGACACAAUAGAUGAUAUUGUGGAACGCCUAUCAAGUCCCGAGAUUGGGGAAGAUCGCUUUUACAAGAGACUCACAUAUUCAAUUUGCAACCUCGGAACAGGCGCAGAAAAGGUGAAGAAGACAAUCGAAUUCAGACAGCAUAAGUCAACCUUCGAUGACGAAGAAGUUUAUCACUGGAUAACUGUCUGCAGAUCCUUAGUCCAUUUUGCAAGUACCGUAGACGAAGAGGUGUUGAGAAAAUUCUGCAAAGAAAAUCUCCACAAGACAGUCGAUGAAUUUUCUAUAGUUGAAGUCCUCAUGGCUCUCGGGUGCCCAGCACAAGCUUAUUACUACGGUAUAAGGGUCUUUGCCGAGAAAGACGAACGGGCAAAAGAAGAGCGUAAGCUACGUAAAGAAAUAGAGGACGAGAACCGCAAGGAAGAACAAGAGAGAGAGCACAGGAGAAAUCUUGAAGAGCGACGUAGGCAAGAGGAGGCAGACCUCAAGAUGGAGGAGAGAAGACUCGAGCAAGAAGAGAAGAAACGUCGGGAAGACAGAAAAGAGGAGAAACGGUUGGAAGAUCUGUUGAGAAGAUUCGGAAAGGGAGACCUCUAG